AUGGGUAAGGCAUCCAAAUGGUUUCGCGGUCUUUUGGGCCUCAAGAGACCGGACUCGCCGUCCUCCGCCGCCGCUACCAAACCGCCCAAGGACAGACGACGGUGGAGCUUCGUCAAGUCCUACAGAGAAAAGGACCAUUCCGCCACGGACCACCAUGCACCACCCACCAACGGAGGCCACUCCUCGGGUCACGUGGAAAGCGCUGAUCCCCACAUCGCAGCAGUCACCGCUGCCAUGGCCGAGGCUGCCUUCGCCGCCGUGGCUCGACUCACUAGCAGUGGUCGGUGCCCUGCCACCGUCGCCGGAGAAGUUACUCGAGAAAAAUGGGCAGCGGUUAAGAUUCAAGCCGCCUUUCGAGGGUCUUUGCUACUAACGCGUAUCGAGGUGCGUCCAGCGUCACCAUCUCUCUGUGUUUCUUUUCCCUCCGUGUUGCCCUUUUCACUAUUAAAUGCCAUCUUGCUUUACACUCUUCACGCACACGCACUGCCCAGAGCGCGACAUAAAGUGUAA